AUGCAAAGAUAAAAGGGGAAAUGUAGGUAAAAUGAAGUUAAUGUAGAAAAGGAAUUCAUUUACUAUUUAGCUUCUCUUUUACCUAAGUGUCUGAUGAUACUUAUGCUCAUUUUUUUUUAUUUCACAUACUUUAUAACAUAUUUGUAUCCAUUAAUUGCGGGAGAAAUCAAGUCUUAGUCCCAAAUAAAAAAUUUAGCACUCAAUAGCUUUCACACCUCUUUGGUAUAAAUAGCUUCUUACAAUGACUCAAUCAUUUCUAAAUUACAAUUAUCAGGCUAUCUCACUAAUAAUUAGUAAUACGCCAUCAUAUUAGCUCUAAUUGUUAAUGUUAUUGCUGCUUUAAUUAUUAUUUCUUUCUACAAAGUAACUGCAACCCAUCCUGGAAGAGUCACAAAAGAAUGGAUUCAAAAGAUUCAAAAAUACAUUGAUGAGAAAGUUUACCAAGAAAAAAUUUUCAGAGAAAAUAUUAGACUAAAUUAGCACCAAUAAGCUGUUUGUUAAAAGCAAGAAAUAUUUAGCCCAAUGAAGCAAAAUGAAUAAAUCUAAGAUAUUUACGUUUUUACAGAUAACUCUGAGGAUGAAGAUGAUGAAGAGUUCAAAAAAAACUUCUAAUUCGAUUACAGCUCUAAUAACACAGAGCCUAUUAUAUUUUAUUAAGCAGAUGGUUUACUAUUGGGCAAUAAUACAUCAUGCCCAGCUCAAAUAGAAAAUUAAAAGAUUAACUACUCGAUAGACUAAGAAGACAUAGAAGAAAACAAAUAUUUGCUUUAACAAUUAAAUGAAAAAUUAAAUCUAACAUUUGGAAAGGAUUAAAAAGAUUGUAAAAGUAAUUAAAGUAAGCACUCAUAGAGUUGUGUUAGUGUUGAUUAUGCUUUUGAACAAAACCUACAUAAAAAUCAAAUAAAUAAUUAGCUUGAUGUUGCAAAAGCUGAUUCAAUGUACGAUAGAGAUGAAAGGGCAUAAUUAGAAGAAAUUAGAAUGUUUAAUAUGAUUAUUGAAGAUCUUGAGCAAAAAGGAAUAAGAUUUUGCAAAAAAUGCGAAAAUUUUAAACCUCCAAGAACUCAUCACUGCAGCUAAUGCAGAUAGUGUAUAUCAAAAAUGGAUCAUCAUUGCUAAUGGUUAAAUACAUGCAUUGGAUUAAAAAAUUACAAAUAUUUCUUACUCAUAAUUCUUUACUCAAUAUUAAUUCUUGCAAUCAUGUGUUUUACAUAUACUGGCAGAUACGUCUAAUAGAUUUAGGAUUAAAAUGCUACUUUGUUUAUGGAUUUUUUAAUUUCGUUUUUCUUUUACUUUGCCUUAGUUAUGGAAGCAUUGCUUAUUUGCUUUGGUUUCUAUCAUUUCCAAAUUACUAGUCAAAAUAUUACUACAAUAGAGUACUGCGAAAAAAAAAAAGACAAUGGAUAAUAUAACAGUGGGUUUAAAUAGAACUUCAAAUAGGCAUUUGGUGAUAAUUUGUGGUGCUGGUUUUUACCAACAACUCCAAUAUAUAUUCAACAAAAAGAAACACAUACUUUAGAACAAAUCAAAUGA